AUGCCCUCCGAGAUAAAAUGGAUAAUCAAGAGAAUUGUUAGAUGGAGCAUACUGCCAGCUGAUUGCAUUCCAAAUAGUUGUAUCAUCAAUAUAUACAAUGAAGGAGAUUACAUUCCCCCGCAUACAGACCAUCAUGAUUUAAUGAGACCUGUCUGCACGGUGUCCUGCAUGAGUAAGAGCAAUAUACAAUUUGGAAAAGAUAUUGAUGUUAUUGGCUCUGGGGAGUUCAGGGGAUCUGUUGAGAUUCCACUGCUGAUAGGUUCAAUACUGAUUCUAAAAGGAAAUGGACUAGACCUCGCUGAUAGGUUCAAUACUGAUUCUAAAAGGAAAUGGACCAGACCUCGCCAAGCACUGCAUCCCAUGGGUAUGACACCGCAGAGUGUAUGUGACUUUCAGAAGGAUGGACAUCAACAAGAUGCCAUAAAGAUUCUGAGCAGAUCCAGAAUACAUCAACAAGAUGCCAUAAAGAUUCUGAGCAGAUCUAGAAUUGGAGGAGCUAUGCUCGUACGAGCUAUGAGAGGGUUGCACCUCAAAGUACACGUAAAGGGAAUUCUUGUCUUGGAGGAUGGCUUAGUAGGUCAGCUUGAUCAGGAGCUCAUCCUACAAAAGACAUAUAAAUAG